CGGCGACGGCGGCAACGGACGACGGCGGCGGAGGGCGGUAGCGGGUGGCGGCGGCGCGCGCUGUCUUGGAGACGCCGCGUCGCGCUGCGCCCAGCGGCCGAUUCAGGGCCGGGGGGCGGCCGGCGGCCUGGUGCCGCGGCAAGGACGGCCGACGGCGGUCCUGAGCUCGGGCAUCCGCGCGAGCUCCGGGAGGUCCUGCGGCACAGGGAAGAGGCAGAGCCCCUCCGGCGAGCUCGGGGCCGGGGGGGGGGAGCCGCGACGCCGACCAGGCAGGCCGGCGACCCGCUGUUCCGGGAGUUCGAGCGCGUGCGGGCCCCGGCGCCAGCAGAGGUGGACAAGCGCCGCGUGGCGACAGCUCCCAGACGGGAAUCUUCCUUCAGACCGGGUUGUGCUGUACUGGGCAUACACCCACCCGGCGGGCAGCCCUGUUAUAUGGCCGCCGGCAAGCGGUGCCACGUCCCGCAGCAGGCCUCCGACCCCACGGGAGUGCUGCAGCAAUUGGGGCGCAAGGUGCACGCGUCCGCCGGCGCGGGGGCCACGGACCAGAUCUUGGCCCAGAUCGAGGCCUGGACCGUGCCCUGAAACAGUGGCAACCCGCCCGCUGCCUGGGCGGCCAGCGGUCAGCCGAGGCUUCCGAGCCUGCCGCCGCUGCCGCCGGCAGAGUGGUCGCCGCCCCCGGCGUCUGACUGAGCAGGCAACCUUGCCCCGCGGUAGGACCCCUCGGCAGAGCCUUCCCC